AUGACAAUUGUUGGUCCUCAUAGCAGACAAUCCUUUCUUAGGUAUUAUUUGAACUAUAAGAAGAGUGGAAAACCUAAAUGUGUGAUGUUCUACAAUAAUGGUGAAUGGUUGGAUUAUCCUAGAGAUAUUGUUAGUUUGGUCAAGAAUGAUCUUGAAAUGAAAAAGGCAGCUGUGGAAAUAAGGCUAAAUGGUUGUGAACUUAUACUAGAUUUUUUAUACAUGUGUCAGGUGGACUUGAAAACUGAUUUGCAACAACCAAUAGCAUGGAUUGAUGAGGUAGGAGGUUGCUUUUUCCCUAAAACUUGUGUUGUUUCUGAUGGCAAAUCUUAUAACUUAUGGGAACAUGAGAGAGUGAAAUUAUGUAUUGAAAUCAAAGUGAACGAGGUUGAUGAAUCCAAGUUGAGGGAGUGUAGUGGGGAGCCUAAGGAUACUCAACUAGAAGUUGGAACUAUGCUAAACAGAUUGGAAUGUGGAAAUGUUUGUGAAUCCAUUAUACAGAAUAAAGUAGGUUUUGUUCCUUAUGCUGAAUCUAUACAAGGAAAUUUGGAUUUGGAUGAUGUACAGAAGAUUUUCCUUAAUGGAAUGAACAUUUUUGACAGUAUUUAUGUUGAGAUAGUGGAGGCAUAUCGCUGCUCAGGUACAUUAAUGCAAGCACAAUUGGAGCUAUUCCAGACUCAAGCUAAAAUUACAAAAGAACUACAUGGGGAUGCAAAUUUUCGAUAUGCUUGGCUUCCUUUUUCUAAAGAAGAUUUAUCUACAAUGAUGAAGUAUGGACUUGGGCAUUAUCCACUCUGUGCAACCAAAUGCACGUACGGUGCUGGUGUUUAUCUUGCAGUUGUUACCUGCCCUUAUGCCAGUGCUCGUUAUUGUGAUAUAGACGAAAAGGGUGUUCGACACUUGGUUCUUUGUCGCUUAAUAAUGGGGAGCAUGGAAGUUCUUUUUCCUGGCAUUGGCUCCGCUACCGGUCAAUUUCAACCCAGCAAAUCUAAAUAUGAUCCUGGAGUUGAUGACAUCCAAUGCCCAAGAUACUAUACAAUAUGGAAUACGAAUAUAAAUACUCACAUUUAUCCAGAAUUCGUUAUUAGUUUUAAGGUCUCAAGAAAUGCUGAAGAUGAAAAAUUUAUAAAAGAUUUUGGAAUUUGGAAAUAG